AUGGGAAAACGCAAGAAGAGUACACGCAAGCCUCAGGGCCCCAAGAGGAACGAGCCCCUGGCCACCCAUUUCACCUGCCUGUUCUGCAACCACGAGAAAGCGGUCACUGUCAAGAUGGAUAAGAAAGCUGGAGUUGGUGAUCUGAAGUGCACGGUGUGCGGGCAGUCAUACCAGUGCGGUAUCAACUACCUCUCAGCGCCAAUCGACGUCUAUAGUGAAUGGGUCGAUGCAGCUGAUGCGGUCGCGAAGGACGAUAUGGCUGCCAGAGCAGCUGGAAAGGGCGAUUCGGCUUCCGGCCACCGCGCUGGCGCGAGACGACCUGUCGCGAACCGUGAUGCUGAUGACGAGGACGACCGUAGAUACGAGGGAGAUGGGAUCGUGGAUGAUGACGAGGAGUAUUGA